UGAGCCAUGCCUGUGGGCUUCGGGACCUUGUUGGCAGGAACCCACUCAGGCAUUGAUGAAAGCAUCAAGAAAGUCAUUGAGUCCAAGGCUGAUUUGGCAGAUCUUUGGACCAGGCACUUCUCUAUAUGUUCGUCUUCAGAUCCACUGCCAGAGAUUAAUUUUGAGGAAGAGGUGGUGGUCUGCGUUUUCGCAGGCGAACAAGGCUCUGGAGGUUAUUCCAUCUCAGUAAAGAGCAUUGAAGACACAGAUGAGCGGAAGAUUGGCGUGGAGUUCACUUGCCCUGGGGCCACGGCAAUUACCACUUGUGCUCUGACGCAGCCACAUCACGUCAUUCGGAUGCCAAAGACAUCUCUACCUGUGUCCUUCGUGGAUAUUGAGACAGCAGCUGAGCCAUCGUCCACGGGAGUUCCCACGAGAUUUCUUCUGACCUUUGAGGGAACUAAAGAGUUGAAGGCUGCGGAGGAGGCGGAUGCGCAGCAGAUUUGUUUGAUUUCAUUUGCAUCAAAGGUAUGGCAAUUCCAACGUAGCUGGAAGAGGCAACCCCAACAAAGGGAGACCCCUGCAAGUCCCGGAGUCUCAAAGUCCGUCAAAGACUGUCUGGAGCAAGUUGGAGUAUUGUGACAUGAGUGACUCGGAAAAGUCGAAGUUGUUGAAGUCAACCAAUGAGGUUACAGCAGUUUCAACACCAGUCGGGUUCUGCGUGGUCUCUAAAGCUUGGUAGUAUGCCCCCAAAAGAUCCCAAACGGAUAGAAUAGUCAUGAAUAAUCAUUCCUUACUGGUUGGUGGUUUCAAACAUGUUUAUUUUCCAUCAUAUAUGGGAUAAUCCUUCCCAUUGACUAGUAUGUUUCAAGAUGAUAAAAACCACCAACCAGCUUCGUAUUUUGACGGUGACCCCAAGACAUCAUCCUGGAUGCUUCAGCGGAGGUGAAGGGCUUAGAUGGUGUGCUGGAGACAGAGGCCAUGUUGGACGGCCGUCUUCUGGUUGUGACCGUCAAAUCCAGGUUCCCUCUGCGGAAACAACUGGAAAGUGUGGAUGGAGUGCAGAGUGUCGAGAUCGAUGGCUAAGCGGAUAGUGCGCCGCAGCGCACCAAAGCGGUAUCACUGCAUUGCUUCAGAUCACUUGAAUCCG